CAUCCGUUAAAAGUUUAAAAAAUUUGAAGCUGAUAAAAAUAAAAAAAUUGUAAAUUUUAACAUACUCGUUCUCUUUUAAUUUCAACCGUAUUAAAAUAUAAUUUUUGAUUUAUUUAUUUCACGUUGAUAGUCUAAAAGGAUUAUUGAGCCUAUAUGUGUACGAGUUUUCAGUUUAUUUAGCUUUCAGUGUGAUAGUGUAUGUGAGAGAAAAUUAUUUUGACUUCCAACUAUUUAAUAUUUACUUAGUUUAGCGAUAAAUAUAAAUAUGGAAAGAAGUGCAGCCGUGCCGUUUACGGUUGAUAAUCUAAUUAGUAAUUGGAAUGAUGGCUUCCCCAACUAUCCGUUAACUGCAGCGGAUCUCAAGAAGCCUCAUGCACUGAUGGGUGCACUUUUUCUCGUGUUCGAUAGACUAGGCAUUGAUCGAGAUGCUGUAAUGAUGCCACCGCCUGAAGAGAGUCGCAAUGAACACACAAUCUACUACUGGGAUCUGUUGCCAAUCAUCAACAUGACUCGUGUUAUCAAUCAUUUUGUAGCAGUGCUUCCACAAAUGAAUGUCAACAUCACAUUAACACACUUCCUGCAACCCACUAUGAUCACGUCAAAUUCAAUACUGUUGUUAAUGUUCAAUUUGAUGGUCUUCAAUGAGGAGAGGCUAAGGGACAUUGCUCCACAGGAGGAACUACUGUUUGCUAAAACUGAACAGGUUAAAGAAUUAGAGAAUAAGAAAAACAGACUACUUGAGAUGCUUAAUGAGCAAGCUGAAGAGAAAGGGAAGCGCUCUGAGAGGCUCGAAAAGUUGGAUUAUGACAUAAAACAAUAUGAAGAGGAGUUACGACAAGAGACAGAAUUACACGAAGAGGAGAAACAAGAAUUAGAGGAAGUUCUAAAAGAGAAUCACAAAAUAGAGGUAUUGCUUGAACAAAAGAGAAGUCAGAGGGAUGCCUUAAUGAUGGAAGUAGAUCGUAAAAAGGCUCUCAGGGUAUACGACGCGGAAGAUAUAAAGGCGCAGGCGGAACAAGCUGCACAGAAUGUCCAAGAAGCAGAGGAGAAGUUGAAUUCUCUUAGAGCGACAUUAAUGCAGAAGGAGAAUAGCUUGAAAAAUUUGCAGACAAUAAAACCUAAUCUGGACACGGCUAAUAAUCUCUUACAUGAGAUUAUGAAGUUGUCUGAGAGUUUGAAAGACUAUGAAUCGGGCGACCUAGAUUUCGACAGUAAAGAAGGAGAAAUAGAUGUACUGAAUACAGAAUUAAUAGAAUUGCAAGUGCAGCUUGUAGAAUUGAAGAGUGCACGGGAGGAGGCUAGCAAGAAGAGGCAAGAGAGUCAGCUCAAAAGGCAACAGGAGAAGACAUUAGCACAAAGCGCGCUUCGUGACGCCGAAGAUAAGGAUAGAAAGUGUCGCGAGCGAUGUAAGAAAGCGCUUCAGCGUACAGAGGAGAUAAAGGAAUUAACCACUAAAUACGAGCAGGAGAAAGCCAGUGGAAUGGAACAACUGGUUAAUUUGAAGAACUCAUUUACCAACGAGUUAAAGUCAAUUGACGAUGCAAUAUUGAAGAAAGUGAUGGAAGUGGAGAAGAGUAUUGAAAAUAAACUACGCAACCGUACAUUGUGAAAUCUCAUUGUACACGAAAUGUAACAAUAGUCCUGCCCCCUAGACUUAUUAAUCGAUAGAUACGGUUUUGAUAUUGUACGCAUCAGAUAGAAUGAGAUAGCACCAUUCCGCUACGUGUUUUUCUCAUGUUCGCGGUAACGACGCGUGACUUAUAUACAAUAAUUACUUGUAGAAUUGUGUAUUGUUUUACAAUUAUAUAACUAAUGCAACACACA